CACUGACAGGGGUCACGUUGAACUGCUGUCAACCUGCCUAGGUUGCAGCGAGACACAUGGGGAAAAGGAAAUGAUCAUUGUUUUGAUCAGGUCACUAAAGAUAAACUCCUAACAAGGAUUCAGGAUCUCGAUGGAAUCUUGCAGAGAGACAUAAGGUGACUGAUCAGGAGCCUGGGGCUGUUUCGAAAUCAAGAGACAAUCACCUUUAAUAUCAUAUUAGUUAACUUAUAUUUACAUCUACAUUAGUUCAAAACAAUACAGAGAGGUAAACACAAAGACCUAAUGAGCAAAUCAAUUAUAGACUAAAGCUGGUAGCAAGUUUAUUGUAAGAAAUUCCAUUAAUUUUAAAUCAAAUAUCAUGAACUGAGAGUCAAUGCUCUCAAUACAGGGGAAGGAUCAUGCCCCUCAUCAUUUUUUUUUAACCAAAUGAUUCUAGCCUUUAUUAGCUCACACUUUGAAAGAAAAACAGGUCAGCUUUUCAAGUAGACAUGACUGACAACGUGAGCUCCAGAGUUGACACCCCAACCAACAUUUCCCUGAGUCCCAGCAUUGCCAUUUCCCAGUCCCUGGAGUAUAAGACGUUGUCUGUCUUCUUAGUCUUGCUUGUGUGUGGUGUUGGCAUUGUGGGAAAUAUAAUGGUGGUCCUUGUUGUCCUGACCACCCGGCACAUGAGGACACCCACAAAUUGUUACCUGGUAAGCCUGGCCAUAGCUGACCUGACCGUACUAGUAGCGGCGGGACUUCCUAACAUCUCGGACAGUCUCACGGGAACCUGGGUGUUUGGACACGCUGGCUGCUUGGGAAUUACCUACCUGCAGUACUUGGGCAUCAAUGUGUCAUCCUGCUCCAUCACCGCCUUUACUGUGGAAAGGUACAUUGCUAUCUGCCAUCCAAUGAAGGCUCAAGCUGUGUGCACAGUGUCCAGGGCCAAAAGAAUUAUUGCAGGGGUUUGGAUAUUCACCUGUGUUUACUGCAUAUUAUGGUUUUUCCUCGUGGAUAUUCAGGUGAGCCUGGAUGGACAUGUUCAGUGUGGCUACAAGGUGAAGCGGGAGCACUAUCUGCCCAUCUACCUCAUCGACUUUGCUAUUUUCUAUGUUGUCCCAUUACUUCUCGCUAUCGUGCUCUACGGAUUGAUAGCACGGAUUCUCUACCUCGGACCCCUUCCAAACCAACCCGAAAUCAAUGCCACCACAUUGCGCCAAAGCUGUCGGGAAGUCACAGAAACGGGGAAGAGAGGUCGCUCACGCCGCCUGAAGAGUGCACUCUCCUCGAGGAAGCAGGUGACAAAGAUGUUAGCUGUAUUGGUGAUCCUAUUCGCUCUGCUGUGGAUGCCCUAUCGAACACUAGUUUUGAUCAACUCUUUUGUGUCCACACCCUAUCUGGAUUCCUGGUUCCUAUUAUUUUGUCGGACCUGCAUCUAUGCCAACAGUGCAAUCAACCCUGUGAUAUACAAUGCCAUGUCUCAGAAGUUUCGCUCAGCAUUUCGUGGGCUGUACCACUGCAAGCAGCAAGAGGGAAAGCAGAGGACAUUGUCAGCCAUUCCUGCCGGCAUCAGUACGACCCGUGACCCACCUAAUAAUAUUAGUGGACCCAAUGAAGAAACCAAAAGAGCCAUUGUAAAUAUUGCUUCAGAUUUAAGCACAAAACAUAAUGGAAAUGGUCAUCAAGCGACAAAGGUGAUCAAUGGCGACAAAGCAGACAAUUUUAUCAGAUCAGCAGCUUAUUGUUUAGAUGUCAGUUCCAUUGACAUGUCCCUGCUAAGUGAUGUGAAAGGGUCGCCAUCAAACGAUAACCAAGUUCAUGUUCCUGACGCAUAAAAAAAAAAACUCAGCUGGAUGCUACGGUAAUAUAUCGAUGGGUAAUGAUUCAUAUACAUUUGAAAUACCCUUCUCCUGAUUGAUAUAGAGUGGGUACAGAAAGUAUUCAGACCCCCUUAAAUGUUUCACUCUUUAUUAUAUUGCAGCCAUUUGCUAAAAUAAUUUAAGUUCAUUUUUUUCCUCAUUACCCCAUAUUGACAAAAAAAAAAACGGAAUUAUUGAAAUAUUUGCAGAUGUAUUAAAAAAGAAAAACUGAAAUAUCACACAGCCAUAAGCCCGACUGGUGGAGAGCUGCAGUGAUGGUUGACUUUCUAGAACUUUCUCCCAUCUCCCGACUGCAUCUCUGGAGCUCAGCUGCAGUGAUCUUCGGGUUCUUCUUUACCUCUCUCACCAAGGCUCUUCUCCCCCGAUUGCUCAGUUUGGCCGGACGGCCAGCUCUGAAGGGUUCUGGUUGUCCCAAACGUCUGUUCGGUCCCUGUACAACCGGUGUCAGAGUUUGUACGCUGGAGAGACUAUGUCUCUCGGCUUGACUCAGAAGAGCUGGAGGAAGUGACUGGGGAGAGGGAAGUCUGGGCUUCCCUGCUGAAGCUACUGCCCCCGUGACCUGACCUCGGAUAAGCGGAAGACAAUGGAUGGAUGGAAUUUUUUUUUUACGCCUGUUAGCUAUUUUGGGAAUGAAAUCAUUGUUGGGUGCCCAGCAGAAGCAGAGAGCUGUUAUUUAAUUUCUUGCUUUGGAAAGUGGAACAACCAUUGAACAUUUUCAAAAUGUUGACAAAAUGUGUAUGGGGAAGCUGUAAUAGGCUACAGUACAGUCAAAAAGUGGGUGUCCAGGAUCAAAGGCGUAGAACAAGACCCUGCUUUGAGUGAUCUUGCGUGACCUCCGUAACAAGAAAAGGAUCGGCAGACCAUCUUUAGCUAGGCAACGUUAAGAGAAGAUCAUAUGCCCCUUGUCCAUUGUACCGGUUCUACCCCCAACCAGCAUUGCCGAUUUUGAAUCGCUGUCUUAACUUCACCGUAGUUAAGUUUUCCCUCACAGGAAAACACAUUUCCAGGCUUAGCGAGCCGCACCGACGCGCCGCAUCAAGCCAUUUAAAAAUAGUAUAUAAAGCAUCAAAUAUUAUGUUUUACAUCAAUACUGCGAUUGGCUGGCGACCAUUUCAGGGUGUACCCCGCCUCACGCCGUAAAAUAGCUGGGAUUGUCUCCAGCACGCCCGUGACCCUAGUGCGGAUAAGCGGUACUGAAAAUGGAUGGAUGGACAUCAUUACUUAACUAUAUUCAUAAUGUAUAAUGUACCUGUGGAUGAAAAAGAAAAGCUUGUGACCAGAAUGUACACGAACGUACGUACACGCUGGGUACGUUCAAAUGAAUAAAGCCAGCAAGCCUCCUUUCAAAUAUCCACACUCUCAUUUUUAUUCUCACCAACACCCUCUCUCUUUAGCAACCUCCUUCUUCCUUAACUAUUAAUCUAUCCUUUUAUUGUUUAAGGAAUGUAAUUAAGAUACCGAAUACACAGCAUCAAACACCUAUACAGGCUCGCCGGCAAUACACUUGUGCAAUCGCUCUGUGCGGGGAUGCGUCGGCAACUCUACACGAUGGGCCGGUCCAUUCGGGUCCGACCACGUCGUGCAGUCUGCGGCAGGCUUAAAGCAGCUUUUGUUCUGUGGUCGACUGAGGAGGUGCGGGCAUUUUUGUCCAUAAUGGCAGAAGAUGAAAUCCAGUGAGAUGGAAGGCGCAACAAGAAAUGAGUGCGUCACCUUCUUCUUGAUCCCGCUCCAGUCCCUCCCACUUUUGAUGGGUGCAUGUUGUAAAUGAAAAGCAACGGAGGCCAGGCUGGGCCAAGCGAGGCCGGGGCAGAGCGGGGCCAGGCCAUUCUGGAACUUGUAACGGGAAAGCGGCAAUAGAGUCACCAUUGAUGACAUCACCAUCAUGUGUUAUCAUUGAUGACAUAACCCUACCCCCCAUACACAUUUUGCAACCUUUUGAAAAGGUUUAGUUGUGGUUCCUCUUCCAAAGCAAGAAAGUCAAUCACAGCUCUCUGCUUCUGACGGGCAUCCAACAAUGACAUCAGUCCCAAAAUGGCUAACAGGAAGAGGACAGGCUUACACUAAACUUUUAAAAAGUAAAAGCGUGAAAAUUUCGGGAAAAAAAAUCAAUUAUUAGUUGUUUUCAUUAAUUUCGGUUCAUUCCUGUUUUGUACUGAGCUGAUCUGGAUCCCUUUUUGCGGCUCUCUUUCACAUCAAGAAGUUGAUAUACAUUGCUUUUACUCUUUACUAUGCUUCCUCUGAUGUUCAUUGCAUGUUUUCCAGCUCAGCCUUGGUCUACACAAGAUCCAGUGAUUAAAUCAACCGCUCUCAGGAGUCUCUCAGCUGACACAGUCGAUGGCCGGCUGUAUUAGCAGGUAACGCGCUACAGUGAUUUUGAUGUCACUUCUGGUAUACAGCUGAUAAUGAUUUUGCCCAACAUGAUGCCGCCCCUUAUGUUGAUAAAUCAUUCUGUUUAAUCAGAGUUGUGUUAUGACCAGUGCUGGCACAUCCAGUACAAUAUAAGAUUCUUGCUUUUAAUUUUUCGGGGGUUUAGUUCCGAAACAUACAAUCUAGGGCAGGCCAAAGUAAAUGCAUGUGCUAUUCUUUUAGAGGCUUUUAUCAUGUUUAAAACAAGGUCACGACUGAAAGAUGCCUGCUAGACCAACCUGUUUCUCUGUAAUGAGCGUUACCAAAAUAGUAUUUAAUUGUGCUCUAGCUAACAAUAGAGGUUGUGGAUAGAGUAUAUUUUUGGUUGAUGCUUAAUCCAUUCAGCAAUUUAUGUAUUCACUAGUUUGAAUAAACAUUCUUUAUGAAGCUAUGGAAUCCAUUCCUUAGGGAAACGAAAUGUUUUAAUGUGUUAGAAGAAUAUAAACAGCUUUUAUGAAGUUCUUUAAGAACACUGCCAGGAAAAAAAAAUAUAUUAUUCCUUUUCUUUUUCUGUUCUGUUCUUGAUCUCGUAUUAUAAUUAUAAUAUUUAGUGUUGCCUGUUAUGUGAUUGGGUACUUUUACAUCACUUUUCCUAUCCAUCCCGCCCAAAAAUGUGUAUUUGUUUGUUUGGCCUUAAAAUAAUGUAUGAUUAUACUAUCUGUAUAGCAAGCAACUGUUCAUGCUGAUACAGACUGAAAUAAGGCAUGAAUCUACACAAAAACUUACAAUGUCACUGACAGUCAAAUUCAAUAUUUGAUCCAAUAUUUAUAGCAUUUCAGUUCUAACUUUGUCAAGCUGCUGUUUUUUCCAUUGACCAUUAAAUUUUUUAUUUUAUUUUAUUGUAACUUGCCCUAUUUGGCGGUUCGGUCAAGCAGAAUGGAGAAUCUGUAUCCCUUUUGUGCCAGAAAAGCUUUACUGUGCAACAGAGGAUUUAGGAUGUUUUUAUACUGCCACAGUGGUUCUUUGUAAUAUGAUGGAUAUUUAUUGAAAAUAGGUCACUGAUGGUGUAGUGGUACACUCGCCUGACUUUGGUGCAGGCAGCGUGGGUUCAGUUCCCACUCAGUGACGGUGUGAAUGUGAGUGUGGAUGGUUGACUGUGUCUAUAUGUGCCCUGCGACUGACUGGCGACCAGUUCAGGGAGUAGUCCGCCUUUCGCCUGAAGUCAGCUGGGAUAGGGUCCAGUGCCCCGUGACCCUAUCCAGGAUAAGCGGUGUUGAAAAUGGAUGGAUGGAUGGAUUUAUUGAAAAUUUCAGUCGCACAGAACAAGGUCUUAAAGAGGAGGGACCGAAAAGAAAAAGGAGAGGACAAAGAGAAAAUAACCACACACACACACACAAAAAGACAACACCAGCUAUAGGAAUCUAAACCAAACAAAGGAUUAUAUGCAUAACAGUGUUACAUUGGAUUCAAGUUUUCCACAGGACAGUAGUGCUACACCCUGUGAGGGAAGAACAGGACAAUGUAGGACAGGACAGGAGGGGAAGAGAGCAGGACAAGGGUAGAGGAGUGUGGUGUGAGUGGCUAUGUACAUUCUUAACAUCUGUAGAAAUGGAGUGCAAGUGAGGGGACAUCACAAGAAGUUUGCAAUAUCACAAAAGUUGUUUAUGGCAAUGAGGGGCUUGCUCCACACCAAGCAACUAAGUCCCAAGGGUGUGUGUCUGUGAACACAUGCAAGGGAAUUGACACCAUCUUGCAUGCACAAUAAACAUCAGAGGUGGAAUUGCUGUGCCAGCACAAUGGGGACAGAGGAACCCCACCCCACCCAGCCAACAAGGGAGGGCGGGCCCAGCGGCCCCCCCGAAAACGGCCUGGUCGAAAAAAACACCCACACCAAGGUAUCCGCGGCGGUCCACCUGACCCACCGAAGCACCAUUACAUUUAGUUCAUAAGUUAGGACUGCAUUGUAAAAACAGCCCCUUAUAGUGUAAAGUCUUUCUGAGUUGGUAAUUUGUAAGUUUUGAAGUUUUGAGUCUCAGACUGUAUUUCGGAAAAUUUGUGUUUAGAGGGAAAAAUGUAAAAUAUUAUUUUAAUUAAAAUAAUCUAUGGAGAGAAUUGCAAAAUGCCUGUAAUGAAAUGUCAGACCUGAUUACAUUUUGUGUGAUACAAAUAUGUAUUGUGUAUUGCUUUAUUGACAUCAUUUAAAAGUCUGGGUUUCACAAGCUGAAGCGUUUAUCAGCUGUGAUAAUCUGCCCUGGAAAGCUGCUUUUGUUGUAUGGUAUGUUCAAUGCAUUGUAAAUAUCUAUAUUUGAAUAUUUUGUGUUUUAAAUUGACUUUAUUCCUCCAAUCUCUUUUAAAUAUUGUACUUGCAAUUUGUGCAUGCAUAGAAACUUCUUCUCAUUGAACCAAUGUCAAUAAAUA